AGGAAUAGGUGCCUGUUGGAGCGACACGGAGAGAAAGGGUGAGGGAGAGAAAGAGAGAAGCUUCGACACGCGGCUCUCCCAAUCUAAAACCGCAUCUCCUUCCUCUCUCCUUUGCUCCACACAUGUCCCUGUAUGUUCCUCUGUCCCGCAGAGUUUUAGCAACCCACCUCUCCUCGCAAACGCAUCACUCCAUUCCUCGAAAACUUUCCCCCUAGUCGGACUGGAUCCCGGGGACAGGUGGACAAAUGAUGGCGAGCGGAGCGGCGCUGCAGCUUCAGCGCACCCAGGCGCGAGUCGGGCUACUGCUCUGGCCGCUCUUGGUGACCUGCUGCCGGGUCGCUUUGGCCCAGGAGCUGCCGAUCAACGGUGUGAACGGGUACAGCCUGCACCCGCCCUACUUCAAUCUGGCCGAGGGCACGAAGAUCACCGCAACGGCGACCUGCGGAGUGGACGACACCGGCAGGACGGUGCAAGACCUGUACUGUAAACUGGUCGGAGGCCCGGUGUCCGGAGACCCGAGCCAGACCAUCCAGGGUCAGUAUUGUGACAUCUGCAGUCAGGGAGACAGCGAUCGUGCUCAUCCCAUCACUAACGCCAUCGAUGGAACAGAGCGAUGGUGGCAGAGUCCGCCUCUGUCCCGCAGCACAGAGUACAAUGAGUUGAACGUCACCCUGGACCUUGGACAGCUCUUUCAUGUUGCCUACGUGCUGAUAAAGUUUGCGAACUCCCCCCGUCCGGACCUCUGGGUUCUGGAGAGAUCUACCGACUUUGGUCAGACCUACCUACCCUGGCAGUUCUUCGCCUCCUCUAAGAGAGACUGUAUUGAGCGGUUUGGUCAGAGAACCAUCGAAAGAAUCAACACUGAUGAUGACGUCAUCUGCACCACGGAAUACUCCCGGAUAGUUCCGCUGGAAAAUGGCGAGAUUGUAGUGUCUUUGGUGAACGGUCGUCCUGGUGCUAUGAACUUCUCCUACUCACCAGUGCUGAGGGACUUUACCAAGGCCACCAACAUCAGGCUCCGCUUCCUGAGAACCAACACGCUGCUGGGACACCUGAUGGGAAAGGCUCUCCGUGACCCCACAGUCACCCGCAGGUAUUACUACAGUAUCAAAGACAUCAGCAUCGGAGGACGCUGUGUGUGUAAUGGACACGCUGAGGCUUGCAACGCCCAAGACCCCAACGAUCCCUACAAGUUACAGUGUGACUGUCAGCACAACACCUGCGGUGUCUCCUGUGAUCAGUGUUGCCCAGGGUACAACCAAUUGCCGUGGAAACCGGCCACAACCUACAGCGCCAACGAGUGUGAACCGUGUAAUUGUCACCGCCACUCGUUUGACUGUUACUACGACCCCGAAGUCGAUCAGCGGAGAGACAGCGUUGACACCCAUGGACACCACAGAGGGGGAGGAGUCUGUCUCAAAUGUCAGCAUCACACCACCGGAGUCAACUGUGAGCGCUGCAUCCCCACUUACUACAGGUCACCAGACCAACCUAUCGAAUCUCCACUGGCCUGUUCACCCUGCGACUGUCAGUCAGAGUUUACAGAUGGCACAUGUGAGGAUCUGACCGGUCGCUGCUUCUGCAAACCAAACUACAGCGGGGAGAACUGUGACUCCUGUGCCAGCGGCUUCAUCAACUUCCCUGACUGUUACCCUGCUCCUACCUAUCCCACUAACAACAACAACGGCGAAGCAAAACCAGCAGGGGAGAUCAUCAACUGUGAAUGCAGUGCAGCAGGAACUGUGGAUAACUCCUGCAGGCCGGACCCUCGGACUCGAACAUGUGUCUGUAAACCAGGUUUCACUGGUGACCACUGUGACACCUGCGCUCCAGGAUUCUAUGGACUCAACUGCCAGACCUGUCAGUGUUCAAGUCCCGGCUGUCUGGACGGGUCAUGUGACUUUGUGACUGGUCACGGUGUGUGUCGGAGCGGUUUCCAGGGUUACGAGUGUGACCAGUGUGCAGCGGGCUACUUCAACUACCCACUCUGCCAACUGUGUGGUUGCAGUUCAGUCGGCUCUCUCCCUGAAGUCUGUGAUGCAUCGGGUCAUUGUCUGUGUAAACCAGAGUUUCAGGGACCUCGGUGUGAACAAUGUAGAUCUGGAUUCCACUCCUACCCCAACUGUCAAGAGUGCACCUGCGACCCUCGCACCUCACUGGACACCAGCUGCACCACUUCAGGUCACUGCCACUGUCGGCCUAAUUACAGCGGAGCAACAUGUGAACAGUGUGCGCCGGGUUACUAUGGAUACCCGACCUGCACUCCCUGCCAGUGUUCUGCUGAAGGCUCUCGCUACACCAGCUGUGACCAGGUGACGGGACAGUGUGUGUGUCUGCCCAAUGUGCUGGGACUGAGGUGUGACAGCUGUGCACAUGGAGCUUAUGGCUUCCCCAACUGCCAAAUUGGCACCUGUCAUCCUGCUGGUUCUGUCCAAUAUGUGGUACCACCACCAGUCGGUCAGUGCGAGUGUCGUCAACACGUGGAGGGACCAGCCUGCGACAAAUGUAAACCUCUGUACUGGAACCUGUCUCCUGAUAUUCCUGACGGAUGCACCAACUGUGAAUGCCACAUCGCAGGGACACUGAGCGGUGUCGCAGAGUGUGCACAGGAAACGGGUCAGUGUCACUGUAAACCCAACGCCUGCAGUGGAACCUGCUCGACCUGCAAAGAUGGCUACUACAACCUGCAGGAGCACAGUUACUUUGGCUGUCAGGGUUGCCAGUGUGACAUUGGGGGUUCUGUGGGUCAGUCGUGCGUGGAGAGGAGCGGCCGCUGUACCUGCAGACCCAACGUGGAGGGAGGGAGGUGCAACCUACCUCGUCCCGAUCACUUCUUCCCAGACCUCCAUCAUCUGAAGUUUGAGAUUGAGGAGGGGACCAUGCUGGAUGGCAGACCGGUACGAUUUGGCUACAAUCCUCUGGAGUUCAAAGGCUUCAGCUGGAGAGGUUACGCUCAGAUGUCCCCAAUCCAGUCCAAAGUAUUGGUGUCGGUGUCGGUCAGCUCUCCCGACCUUUUCCAUGUGGUGCUGCGUUACGCCAACUGGGGGGGUUUGGCUGUUCGAGGCAGGGUGUGGAUCAUAGAGGAUGGCUGGGACUUCCGCUGUGGUAAAUGUUCAGAACAGUCCAAACAGAUCGUCUUUGCUCCGAGUGUAGAGCCAACCUUUGUCAACGUUCCCCAAAAUAACUUUGUGGAACCGUUUGUGCUGAACCCAGGAACCUGGACUGUGGUUAUUGAAGCUGAGGGAAUCCUCCUGGAUUAUUUAGUCCUGCUGCCCAGUGCCUACUAUGAAGCUCCCAUCCUCCAGAUCCAUGUGACAGAACCCUGCACGUACAGCUCUGUACCUGACGCCAACCAGAACUGUCUGCUGUACAGAUAUCUCUCUCUGGACUCCUUCCCCUCCAUCUCUGGCAACGACGCCAGCUGCCGCAGUGACAACCACCUGCCACGUCCCUGCCCAACUGAGAGGGUGACCCCACGCCACCCUGACAUGGCUGUCUGCAGCGGCUACGAUAUCAGCGUCGAGCUGCAGACGCGCCUGCCGGUUCCCGGUGAUUACGCUCUGGUGGUGGAAUAUUCUAGCGAGGAAGAACUGCCACAGACUUUGUCUCUUGCCGUUAACAUGCCGGGAUCACGGACACACCACCACAGUGUCACCCUGCUGCACUGCAAAUACAGCUUCCUGUGUCGAGUCGUGGCCAUUGAUGCACAGAACAGGGUGGCCAUCUUCUCUCUGCCCGCCAACGUUGAAGUUCAACUUAUUUCUGACCGUGCCAGCUUCUUCCUGCACAAAGUUUACUUGGUUCCUAAAGACCAGUUUACUAUGGAGUACAUUGAGCCCAACAUCUACUGCAUCAACACUCAUGGGCAGUUCUCUCCUGACAGUUCCUCUUGCUCUCCAUCACGCUUCCGCACCCCAUCAGACUCCCUGGUCCUGAAGGAUGGACAGAGCUCCUCCACACAGGAGCCCAUCCUGGCCUCCCCGGCAGCAGCUCCUCUUCUGCCCUCCAACCAGAAAGAUGAGCCAAUCUGGACCGGAGGAAACCGACCUCCUUUUGGAGCGGACAGCAGCGAUCACAUCCGUCUGGACUCGGUGCAGAAUGCAGCAGUAUUCUCAACUCGUGUCCAUGCUCUGGGGCGUUACGUCUUCAUCCUCCACUACCAUCAGCCUCUCCACCCAUCCUAUCCUGUGCAGGUCUACAUUAACGGAGGACGAAUAUGGCAAGGCCAUGCCAACGCCUCCUUCUGUCCCCACGCUUAUGGCUGUCGUAAUGUCCUGAUCUCUGAGAAUCAGAUCAUUCUGGAUGUGACAGACCACGAGAUCUUCAUCACAGUGCAAAUACCUUCUGGCAAAACUCUGUGGCUGGAUUAUGUUCUGGUCGUGCCUCAGGCGAGCUACAGCUCCAGCUACCUGAAUGAGGAGCCUCUGGACAAAUCUUACGAUUUUAUCAGCAACUGUGGCCAAAACAGUUUCUACAUCAAUCCCACCACCGCCUCAAAGUUCUGCCUCAGCUCUGCCGUCUCUCUGUCAGCCUUCUUCAAUAACGGGGCGAUGCCAUGCGCCUGUCACGAGGUCGGAGCGGAGAGCGACACCUGUGAGGCGUUCGGUGGUCAGUGCCACUGCAGACCCAAUGUGAUCGGCAGAGACUGCUCCAUGUGUGCCACAGGCUACUGGGGUUUCCCCAACUGCAGACCCUGUAACUGUGGUACGAGGUUAUGCGAACCUGUGACCGGUGAUUGCAUCUGCCCUCCACGCACUGUGCGCCCUGAGUGCACUCAGUGUGAGCCCCAGACUUUCGGCUGCCACCCACUGGUGGGUUGUGAGAUCUGCAACUGCUCUCGGCCUGGCGUCGUCUCCACUGAUUCCAGCUGCGACACCCUCAACGGCCAGUGCAGAUGCAAGAACAACAUUGUCGGCCGUCAGUGUGACCGCUGCGCCCCUGGUUUCUACGGUUACCCGAACUGCAGACUAUGUGACUGCAACGAGGCAGGAACAGAGGAGGAAGUGUGCGACUCCUUCACAGGACAGUGUCUCUGCAAGGAAAACGUCCAGGGUCCUCGCUGCGAUCAGUGUAGAAUUGGUACAUUCCACUUGGACCCAACCAAUCCAAAAGGCUGCACCAGCUGCUUCUGCUUCGGAGCCAUCGAUCGCUGUCGCAGCUCGGACAAAAGACGCACUGAGAUCAUGGACAUGGAGGACUGGGUGCUGAUCGGCGCUGACAGACAGGAAGUCCCAGUGGCGGUGUAUCCUGGUCAGGACCUUGUAGAAGCCGACCUCAGUGAUGUUCCUGACGUCUACCAGGAUCUUCACUGGUAUGCGCCGAAGACUUACCUGGGAGACAAGGUCUCAUCAUAUGGCGGUUACCUGAGGUAUCGUCUUCACACUCAAACCAUGAGAGGUGAUGUGUUGUCUCUGCCUGCAGAAGCCUCCAGGCCUGACAUCAUUCUCAAGGGAAACCAAAUGACCCUGGUGUUCAUGGAGAGAGAGUACUCCUCACCCGAAGAGCCUCACCUGGGAAUCAUUCACAUGGUCGAGGGAAGCUUCCGUCACGCUCAGACCGGUAACUCUGUGUCCCGCGAGGAGCUGAUGAUGGUUCUGGUCAGUCUGGAGUCCCUGCAGAUCCGAGCCAUCCACUCACAGUCGGCUCACUCCGUGUCGCUCCGCGGUGCCGUGCUCGAGGGCGCUGAGAGCCUGCUUGCCGGUCGCCAUGCCAACAAUGUGGAAAUCUGUAUGUGUCCUGCCAACUAUCAGGGAGACUCGUGUCAGAAAUGUGCUCCUGGUUACUACAGAGACACCAUUGGUCUGUUUCUGGGGAAGUGUGUUCCCUGUAACUGUAACGGACACUCUGACCUGUGUCUGGACGGGUCUGGAGUCUGUGUGAACUGUCAGCAUAAUACAGCAGGUGACCACUGUGAGAACUGUCAGGGUGGUUUCCUUGGCAAUAAUAGUGUUGACGGGCAGGCGGUGUCCUGUUCUAGUUGUCCAUGCCCACUGAGGGUCCCAUCCAACAAUUUUGCAGAAGGUUGUUUGCAGAAAAGUGACAGGAUGCAGUGUCUGUGUAUGCCAGGUUAUGCUGGACCAAACUGUGAAAGGUGCGCCCCUGGUUUCUAUGGAAACCCCAUGGUGCUCGGCAGUAGGUGCCAGACAUGCCACUGCCACGACAACACCGACCCCAACAUGCUUUUCACUGACUGUCACCCGCUGACCGGGGAGUGUCUGAGCUGCAUGCACAACACAGCCGGACCUCACUGUGAGAUCUGUGCUCCCGGUUACUACGGCGAUGCUGUCACUGCCAAAAACUGCACAAAAUGCAACUGUUCUCCAUGUGGCACUGACAAAUGUGACCCUCACACUGGACAGUGUCGCUGUAAACCAGGAGUCACUGGACUGCACUGUGACCGCUGUGAGGAUGGCUCAUUUGGCUUUGACUCCUGCUCUGGCUGUCAUCACUGUGACUGUGAAGCCUCGGCAGCCCUCGUGCAGCCGUGUGACCCUCAGAGUGGUCAGUGUUCCUGUCAGCCCGGAGUCAAUGGACCGAAAUGCAAACAAUGUGCCCCUGGAUUCUGGGACUAUGGACCCAAGGGAUGCAAGAAGUGUGAUUGUAGAGGAGGUCGCUGUGACCCACGGACAGGAGAGUGCCGUUGUCCUGACGGCAUGACCGGAAAACAGUGUGACACCUGCACUCAAAAAUAUAGUGUGGCUACAGAGGAUCACCAUAGCAUGCACUGUGAACCAUGUGACAGCUGUGUCAUCGUGCUGCUGGAGGAUCUGGACAAGAUGAACAGCAACUUCAGCUCCGUGGCCGGUCUGCUGAGCAGCCUCAACGCUAGUGCCAUGGCCUGGGCUCAGCUGGACACUCUCAACAAGUCUGUGGAGGACACGGCUCGUGCUAUCGAGAACUACAACAGUACCCUGGAUGAGAGCAGGAGUCAGGCCGACACGCUGGAUGCCGAGAUCGUGAAUAUCAAUGAUGACAUUGAUGUACUGCAAGACAAGGCAGCAGCGAUGGCUGACAGGGUUGAAGGCCUGAAGAACAGCACCACCAACACGCAGCAGAGGGCGGAGGAUCUUAUGCAGUCUGUCACAAACCUGACGAUGGAUAUCAACGAUAUCCUGCUGAAGGUGAACAGAUCAUCACUGAACAAUACGGAGGUGGAGCAGGAUUUUGGUGAAAGGGAGAGGAUGAUGGUGGAGGUGCAGUCCAUGCUGAGGGAGAUGAGCUACAGGAGCUUGGUGGGACAGAAGAAACUGGCGGACAAAGAGAAGACUGAGGCAGAAAAAUUGUUGGAUCGCAUAAACAAGCAGUUGGCCAGUCGUCAGGGAGAGAAUAACGAGAUAGCCAAGGCCAUCAAAGACCGUCUGAGCCGAUUCCACUCGGAAAUGAUGGACCUGCGAGAUGCCUUGAACGAAGCUGUGAACAACACGGCCCAAGCAGCGGAAAUCAACAAUGUCAAUGAGAAAACACUGGAGGACAACAAGAGGAGGAUAACUGACCUGCUGUCUGAGCAGAAGGAGGUGUACGACCAGUUAAACAUGGCCGAGGAUGAUGUAGCCCAGGUCAACGAUCUGCUGUCCAUGCUGCACGAUUCCAAAGAGGAGUAUGAGCGUCUGUCAGCUCAGCUGGACGGUGCCAGGACACCGCUAGCGAAGAAGGUGCAGGAAUUAGCUUGGACUGAAUCCAAGAUCCCGCUAGUGGAGCAGGCCGAGAAACACGCGGCGCUGCUCAACGCUCUCGCCAUGAACUUAUCCAGUUUGGUGGAGGAAACUAAGAAAGAAGGAAUUGUAGAUGUGACGCAAGCCUAUAACAAGAUUGUCAACAGUAUCAAGGAGGCAGAGGAGGCUGCCAAGAUGGCUGACCACGCUGCUAACGCCACAAUGGAGAAUAUAAAAGACCUGGACCUCAGUCAUAUUGCCGAUUCUCUGAGGAACCACAGCGUAGAUCUGAAGGACGAAGUGGAGAAGCUGAAGGAGGAGCUUAACAACGAGCUGAAGCCUCAGCUGGAGGAGGCUGAGAAACGACUGGAUGAUGCCAAGACCAAACACGUGCUAGUGAUGAAAGAUCUGGAGACAAUUCAGAACACCCUCAACUUCACCACAAAUGUGAGUCAGGAGAUAAACGAAGCAAAGCAGGCGGCGGACGUGGCGAACACCACGGCCACCCAAGUCAACGAUGCCCUGCGUCCCAUGAAAGAGCAGUUGGACCAAUGGAAGAAGAACUACGGAGACGUUAAUGCCACCAAUGACGACAUCAACAAGGCACUGAUGGAAGCCAACAAGACUGUGCAAGAGCUCGGUACCACUAUUCCUUCUCUACUAAAGAAGUUGGACAGACUUCAGAAGUCUUCAGACUCCAUCCAGAUGCCAACAAACAUCUCUGAGAACAUCAACCGAAUCCGACAGCUCAUACAGCAGGCGCGCAACGCUGCUAGCAAGGUGAGCGUGCCGGUGAAGUUUAACGGAGUAUCCGGUGUCCAGGUCCGUACUCCACCUAACCUGGCUGACCUGGCUGCAUACACCUCUCUGAAGUUGUACAUCACUCUGCCCGAGGCAGCAAGGACUAGACGACAGGGCAACAGCACUCGACAGUUUGUCUUCUACUUGGGCAAGAAUUCCAGCAAGGAGUUCCUGGGCAUGGCUUUAGAUGGGAAGCGGCUGCGUUGGUACUUUAAUGUUGGAGGAAAUACUGCUGAGGUGCAGAUGCCCGAAGACGUCAGAACUGAUGGAAACUUCAACAGCGUUGUGUUGGAGAGGAUCCUCCAAUAUGGUCAAAUGUCCAUGUCCUCAGAAGCCACCGAGGGAGACCAGACAGUCACUAAAACCCACGUUGAGGCUGGAGGAGAUCAGGGGCUUCUCAGCCUCUUGACCAACGACACUGUCUUCUAUGUGGGAGGUUACCCAAAAACUUUCCAACCCCCUACCGUGCUCGAACUGCCUUUUUUUAAGGGCUGCAUUGAGUUAGAUACUCUGAACGAGGAGGUGCUCAGUCUGUACAACUUUGAAAAAAUCUUCCAUCUCAACACCACAGAGGAGAGACCUUGUGGCAGGCCUAAGCCAGUGCUGACUCAGGCCUGGGUGAAUGACGCAGCAUACUUCGAUGGUACCGGCUACGCUCAGAUCACCUUCGCCGAUGAGUCGGCUCGCAUGCAGCGCUUUGAACAGGAAGUCAAACUGCUCUCACAGAAGGGAAUACUGCUCCUGCUGCAAAACGGGAACCAGUUCCUGUGCAUGGCGGUGCUUCAUGGCAAAUUGAAGGUUUUCUACGAUUUUACCGGUGUUAUGGUGGAACUUGAGCCGAAAGAGCCUGAAUCAGAUUUCCUAAUGGUCAGCGACGCCGACCCCAAAACUCUGGAGAUUAUCAUCCUGCGUGCCAGUCCAAACCGCGUUGUAGUGAGGAACAACCGUGUCAACCUUUACACCCACCAGUUCACAGAGAGCAUCCCUCCAUUCAGCAGCCAAUAUUACCUGGGAGGAGUACCACAAGACAAGAUGCCAGAGAAGUUGAAGUCAUGGUUUCCUAAGCAGGGUUCUCUGAAGGGCUGUUUCAGGAAUGUCAAAGCACUUAACUCUCAUGUCGACCUGAAGAGGACUAAAAGCUCUGGAGUCAGUUUUGGAUGUGACAGUGACCUUCUGGUGGCUCGCGAGGCUCAUUUCUCCGGUCAGAGCUACCUGGAUUUGGCUUUGACCAAUGUUCCCAGCCUCAGGGACAACUUCUAUGCCAGCUUCAGCUUCAGAACUGACCAGAAGGAAGGACUCAUGUUCUACCACCAAGAUAAGGAAGGAGUGUGUCAAGUGUUUUUGCGUGACGGCCACGUGGUUGUGAGAGCGGGCAACAGUGAGAUUACGACGCAGAAGAUGUACAAUGACGACAACAGCCACUACGUGUCUAUCUACAGCAACAUUGCCGGGAUCCGUCUGUACGUAGAUGACAUGCUGGAGAUGAAAGGGAAAGCAAGUAUCCGUUCAGACAAAAUGGGACGUGCAGCACUUGUCACAGGAAGCAGCACCUUCCUUGGAGGAACGCCUGACCAAAUACUCACCAACCUCACUGGAUGUAUAAGCAAUGUUUUCAUCAAGAGGGAAACAAGUCCACAGAUGGUUUUGAAUCUGCUGAAAGUUAAGGAAAAUGUCAACGUCCCCCUGAGUUGUCCCGCUGCCUCAAAACCUCAGCAGAUUGUUGCUGCGCAGCCCAAACACAACAAACCUAAGGGUAAGAACAAGAAGCCAUCAGGGUCUCGCAGUCGUAACACCAGGGAGUCCUGUCAGAGCGAGCCGUCGGACCGGGAGAUCGGAGCAACUCACUUCAGCGGCUCCACUCACAGCUACCUGAGAUAUGACUCGCUGCCCAGCCUGCUCAGCUCCAUGCCUCACAUCUCUAUGUCAGUGAGGAUCAACUCCUCUGAUGGUCUGGUGCUUUAUGCAGCUGGCAGGCGUACAGGUGCGCUCAUGUCUCUCAGGGUCUCAGGCGGCCACCUGCUGCUCCUGUUGGAUGGAGGGAAGAGAAAGGUCAGCCUGCGCAGCCGCAAGAAGUACGACGACAACCAGUGGCACACGGUGUUUAUAAAGCGCGAGGGAGAGAAGAUCGGUCUGAUUGUGGACGGCAUCGGCGCUCAGUCUAAAAGAAUUCCUGGAGGAGACAGGACUCACCUCACAGAACCACUGUACAUAGGAGGAGUCCCGCCAACACUGAAGGCUCCAGGCUCCAGUGGUUUCAUCGGUUGUGUCAAGGACCUGAAGCUGAAUGAGGCCCCUGCAGGAAGCCCCUCCCACAGUCAGGGGACAGUUCCCUGCUUCCAAAACCCUCUUCAGCCUGGAGUGUACUUCUCUGGACAGGGAGGACACAUUGCAAUCGAUGAGUCUUUGGUUCUGGGUCGGGAUCUCGAGAUCAAAUUAGAGGUUCGACCACUCUCGGACUCUGGGUUGCUGUUGCAUGCUGGGACAUCACCUGACCAACAUCUUAGUUUGUUCCUCAAACAGGGAGAGGUGAUCAUCUCAGUAAACAGUGGUAAAGGUGAAUUCUCUGCCUCCUUCACACCUGAAGAGCCUCUAUGUAAUGGACGCUGGCACACAAUCACAGUGGUGAAGAAGAACAACGUCCUGCAGCUCCAUGUAGAUGCAGCCAGUGAGCACAGUGUCGGCCCCAAGCAGAGCCGCUCUGCAGGGGUCAAGGAGACCGUUUACCUUGGAGGGAUGCCUGAUGGUAUCACAGUUCCCGAUCUACCCAUCGGCCUGUCACCUUUCCAGGGCUGCAUCCGCCUAGCGACACUCAAUCACAGACCCACCAUGUUGUCAAAACCGCUUGCUGUGCACGGGUCUGUAGGCACACAGGGCUGUCCUCACAUAUAAUCCUAACACACA